AUGUCGAAGUGUGAAAAAUGCAACAAAAAUAUUACAAAGGCUCGUCUUGGUGUGGUGUGUCAUCGUUGUGAGAAGAUGGUGCAUCCGAAAACAGAAUGCUCAGGGUGUACCACCAAACAGAGGAAUGCGCUUCGGGCAAAUGAAAACCUAGAUUGGUCGUGCUCUGAAUGCAAAAACACUUCAUAUAGACGAACUUCGAUUGUGAUACCUGAAGAUGAUGAUGAUGGAGCAUUUGGAUCGCCUAUAACCUCAGCAUCUGUUCCAUUAGAUGGUAAAAAUUUGCUGCUAGAAAUAUCAACAAAAGUGGAGUGUGCUAUUCAACGUCAAUUGAGCCAGUUUGCAGAGUCUAUGGAAUUCAAUUCUAGAAAACUUGAUGAUAUACUCAAAACCGUAGACGCAUUUAAAACUACAGUCAAAGAAAUAAAAAAGAAAAAUAUCGAAUUAUCUAACCAAAACAAAAACUUAGAAUAUAGAAUAAGUGCAUUAGAACAGCGUUUACAAGAACAAGAAUAG